AUGGCCCACGAACCACGGAUACCAGCACCCGACGCGCUUGAGAUUCAUCUGAACCAGACCGAAACUUCCAUUUGCGAGCUGCUCGAUGGAUGCACAAGAUAUUUGCAUGCUGAGAAAGGGAUCUCAACUUCUUGCAGAGUUGCUGGAGGCUGGGUCCGCGACAAGUUACUGGGUUCGCAAAGUAAUGACAUGGAUAUCGCGUUAAGUGAUAUCAUGGGGCUGGCAUUUGCUGAGCAUCUCAACGAAUAUGCGAAACUGAAAGGUGUCGAAAUGGGCACCAUCACUAAGAUUGAACAAAAUCCAGACCAAUCCAAGCACCUUGAAACAGCCACCUUCAAAGUAUUCGGAUUGUCCAUUGACCUCGUCAAUCUCAGAAGCGAGGAGUAUACCGAAGGGAGCCGUAUCCCAACGGGCGUCGCUUUUGGAACACCGCUAGAAGAUGCUCUUCGACGCGAUAUCACUAUCAAUGCGCUCUUUUACAACGUUCAUAGCAGAUCGGUUGAAGAUUUUACUGGAAAGGGUUUGGACGACCUCCGCAAUGGGACUAUACGGACUCCUAUGCCUCCGCGGGAAACAUUUCAAGACGAUCCAUUACGUGUCCUGCGUUGUGUUCGUUUUGCUAGCCGCUUUGGCUUUGAUAUGGUGCCCGAGGUACAAGAUGCAGUGAAAGAUCCAAUUGUACAGGAAGCUUUGGUCUCAAAGGUUUCUCGUGAAAGGGUGGGCGAUGAGGUGUCAAAAAUGGUACAAGGACGGGACCCACUACGGUCUGCCCAACUGGUUUGCGAACUAAAAUUAUACCAUUCGGUGUUUUCUGUAAUACCUGGCGAGGUUAAGUCCAACCUCCCAGAAUCCCUGUUGGGUCAAGUACCGAGCGAAGCACUGGGAGCUGUCACCAUCCUGCAUGCCCUGCACACCCCAGAGACAUCGGAACUUACAUAUCUCCAUCCUUUACUCCUGUCAGUAGUCUCCGAGAACCCACUGGUGCUUGCACGCCUUUCCUUGGCAGGAUUGCUCCUUCCCUAUCGCAGCCUCACCUACACCGACAGCAAGAAGAAGACGCACCCCGUCGUGGCUUCUGUCAUUCGUGACUCACUCAAACUUGGUACUCAGAACCAUUAUUUGGAUGGCAUACCUGUUCUUUUUACCGGUGUGGACGUAAUCAAGGCUGGAAUAGAGGCACAUUUAAAAGACCCUUUCGAUAGAGCAAAACUGGGGCUUCUUUUACGGAACAAAUUUGUUCACAACCCACUAACAGGGAGCCAUUGGUCGACCACCCUUCUUUUCUCUCUCAUAACAGACCUCGUGCCAUUGUAUAAUACAUCCCAAGACAUACUCGACGUAUAUGCAGCUUCUAGUGUUAUUGACUUAUACAACUCAUUUACCAAGACCAUCGUUGAUUUCGGGCUUCAAAACGACGUAGAUUCAAAGCCCUUGCUGACCGGACAUGAUAUUGUCGUUGCUUUCAACAUCGGAAAACCCGGUCCGUGGGUAGGAAAGGUUUUGGAAGAUGUUGUAGAGUGGCAACUGGGAAACCCAGCAAAGACGAAAGACGACUGUAUGGAGUGGUUGCGAGGUCGUGGGGUAAACCAUUAUGUCUCCGCGGAGGACAGGAGACCUGAACCUGCUACCAAACGCCCACGAAGGAAGUAG